AUGCAAACCCGCUUCCCAGGCUUCAGCGUCAAGAGGCAGAAGCUCCAGAGCAUCUGCUCGCGAGGCCGCAGCAAGAGGAAGUUGCGGCAGCUUCAGAACCAGUUGAAGAUGCUUGAUCUGGACGCAAAGGACAUAGGCAACGUCAAGACGAAGGAGAGCGACGCCAAGGAGGCCACUCAAGAGGUGCAAUCUUUGCAAGCCACCGUCAAGAAGUUGGAGGAGCAGUGUGCAGUGGAAGUUGCUGCCCGAAAAGCGGCACGUGCUGAAGCUGAAAGCUGGAAAACGAAGGCACUACAAGCAGAUCAAGCGAAGAAGGACACGGAGGAGGAGAAAGUAUUCCUAACCAAGGAGUUUCAGCAUCUAAUGGCGCAGUAUGAGGCGCUUAAAGCGAGAGAGAAGAAGAGAGUCGCAGCCCUCAAAAAGCAACUGGAAACCGAGCGUGCUGUGAACACAGAGCUACUACGCGAUGAAGAGGACGAACGCGUUUCAAACGCAGAGCUGCACCGCGAUGAGGAAGGGAAGCAGGAGGACGACGCUGAAAAUUAAGGUCAUUUGCCUUCUGCAUGUAGUGUUUGCAUAUAUGACCCUUCCAUUUGCAUGUCGAGUUUGAUCUGUCACCUCUGACUGCAUAAUGUGGUG